AUGUCGACAGAUUCUGAGUCGGAUUACUUCGAUGAUGACGACUUCGUAGUUCCUGGUACCCCUGAUGGGCCCUCACGCCCCGCAAAACGCCGCCGUGUUCAAAAUCGCGGGGAAGAGCCCGAACGUCAAGAUGACAGUUCUUCGAUCGACUCUUUCUCUGAUAUGGAGGAUGACGAGUUACCCCACCGGCGUCUAGAGUCACCCAUUCGUUCCGAAGAAUACCAGGAUCGCUUCAAAAAUAAGAGCUGUGUAUUGAAGCAAGCGAGUGUUCAAAAUGACAUGUUCGUCACCCAACUCACGCAACCCUCCUCGAGUCCGGAACGAAUACGGGGUCCACGGUGGCAGAAGCCUGUCACAAAUCUCCCUCCGCCAAAAUUGGAAAAUAGAGGACAAGAUGGUGGUGGUGGACAGGAGGGGAAUUAUCCCCGGGAUGAUGAGGAAUUGAUGGCCGCUAUCGCAGCUUCCUUGGAUUCAUUUGAGGAGGAGACAACAAUCAGAGGGGCAUUCCAACCGACGAUCUUGUCAAACAAUACUGCUGCGAAAAAGCUUGCCACGCUAGCAAAGACAAACACGCACGCCCUGGCGGAUGUCCCUUUUGAGUUGGAGGAUAUACCAGAAGGGGCAUUUGAUUCUUCACCAUCAUUGUCACCAGUAGCACGAUCGGUUCAGCCCACAGCUCCUCAAUUCAGUCAACCCCGUGGCCCAAUUCGGCAACCGCAUCUCAGACAGAGCACACUAUUCGGCAUGAUUGCUCCAAAUCCUGAGGUCUUGGUACCGCGCCAACAAGACUGGGGCCCGUCAGAAAAGACCGAACCACCGACCCAACACAAACUUGUCAAAGAGGCUUUAGAUACAUGGGUCUACCCCACGAAUUUGGGCAAAACCAGAGAUUACCAGUUCAACAUCACUCAGGCAGGCCUAUUUCAUAAUCUACUCGUGGCAUUGCCAACGGGAUUGGGAAAAACAUUCAUAGCAGCUACAAUUAUGCUCAAUUGGUAUCGCUGGACGAAAGAUGCACAAAUCAUUUUUGUAGCACCAACAAAACCCUUGGUUUCGCAGCAGGUGUCGGCCUGCUUGGAUAUUGCCGGAAUCCCGCGCUCAGAAUCGACUAUGCUCACGGGAGGGGCAUCGCCGGGCAUUCGCGCCGAAGAGUGGAAAUCAAAGCGGGUGUUUUUCAUGACACCUCAAACACUGAUUAAUGACCUGAAGACCGGAAUCGCUGAUCCUAAGAGAGUGGUGUUAUUGGUCGUUGAUGAAGCUCAUCGUGCGACUGGUGCGUAUGCAUACGUGGAGGUGGUCAAAUUCCUUCGGCGUUUCAACAACAGUUUCCGAGUGCUCGCCCUCACAGCAACGCCGGGCUCAACUGUUGAAUCGGUGCAAGCUGUUAUUGAUGGCCUGGACAUAGCACGUGUCGAAAUCCGUACGGAGAACUCGAUCGACAUUCGCGAGUACGUUCACGCUCGCAAUAUCGAAAUCGAAACCUUUGGAAAUUCAGAUGAAAUGGUCUUUUGUAUGGACCUCAUGUCUGCCGCCUUGCAGCCCUUGCUUGACCAACUCAAGACACUCAAUGCAUACUGGGGGCGUGACCCUAUGGGGCUAACUGCGUAUGGUCUCACGGUGGCGAGGCAACAAUGGAUGCAGUCCGACGCUGGCCGGAAUGCCCAUUUUGGCUUGAAAGGCAAAGUCAACUCCAUUUUCACUGUUCUUGCUAGCUUGGCCCACGCUAUUGAUCUCCUCAAGUACCAUGGCAUCGUGCCAUUCUAUCGCCAUGUGAUUCAUUUCAAAUCAAGCUCCGAGGGACAGAAAGGCGGAGGUGGUAAAUACCAAAAGCAAGUUGUGCAAGAUGAUAGUUUCAAGAAAUUACUCAGCCAUAUUGAACCGUGGAGUAAGAAUCCAGAGUUCAUUGGCCAUCCGAAAUUGGAAUAUCUCAAGUCAGUUAUUUUGAAUCACUUUAUGGACAGAGGUGAAGGGAAAGAGCUACCUGAUGGCACUAGUCAGCCUGCAACUCGUGUCAUGAUCUUUGUGCAUUUCCGUGACAGUGCUGAAGAGGUAACGAGAGUGCUUAAAAGAUACGAACCCAUGAUUCGGCCUCAUGUUUUUGUGGGUCAAUCAAGUGCCAAAGGCUCCGAAGGCAUGGACCAGAAGACGCAGCUCAGAAUUAUUGAGGAUUUUAAAAAAGGCACAUACAACACUAUAGUUGCUACCUCUAUCGGCGAGGAGGGAUUGGAUAUUGGAGAGGUUGAUUUGAUCGUGUGUUAUGACUCCUCGGCAUCACCUAUUCGCAUGCUGCAGCGCAUGGGUCGAACUGGCCGUAAACGGGCCGGUAACAUCACUCUGCUAUUGAUGAAAGGCAAAGAAGAAGACUCCUAUAUCAAGGCCAAAGAUAACUAUGAAAAGAUGCAGCAAAUGAUUGCCUGCGGCUCCCGAUUCACGUUCCACGACGACCUGUCUGCACGCAUCUUACCUACGGGCAUUCGUCCAGUGCCUGAUAAACGACAGAUCGAUAUACCCCCGGAGAACUCGCAGCAAGGACUGCUUGAGCCGAAACGCAAAGGGCGAGCACCAAAGCGACCUGCCAAGGUGUUCCACAUGCCCGAUGAUGUGGAGACAGGGUUUACUCGAGCCUCGACUUUGGCUGGCGACAAAUCCCAAAAGAAGAAGGCCACUGCACCCAAAAAAGCAGCCACCCCCAAAAAGAGACCUCGUUCCCCCACACCCGAGCCCGUGGAUGUUCCAUCGCUGGAGGACGUUGUUCUGAGCAGCAGCGAACAAACUGAUCUUGAAAAUCAUUAUCAGAACAUCGGUGCCACUUCUCCGCAGUUCAUUCGAUUCCCUCGCAACGACGCCUUCCCACGUCUGCAGCUCAUCGAAAGACCCACAAAGAACGUUAAGCAUGGGUCUCUCACGCGACGCAUGGUAAAAGCCUUACAGAAGAUGCACGAAGCUGGCCCUGACUGUGAGCGUCGAUUUAAAGACAUUUUGGCCCGCGAACCGCUCAGUCAAAUGCCUCAGGGGGAUUCAACUAAGGAGCCUCGGCGCAUCCAAAAGUCCUUCAAAACACCGUCUAAAAAUACUGUUCGACGAGCUUCCACUAAGGCUACUGCAAACCCUGCUGGCGGGGAAGUUGUUUCUUUAUUAUCUCCGGAGAGUGAACCCAAACAGAAGAACGAUCCAUUUGCCUUCAUGGAUGAUGACUUCGGUGAUGAUGGCUCGGAUUUUGAGCUGAUGGAUGCUAGCCUUUUGUUUAGUAGUGGAUCUAAACCAAAGGGUCAGAAACCGAACAGACCAAUUAUUGAAGAUAGUGAUGAGUGA